AUGGACCCCGUCCUCAUAACGCCGGAUGACGUAGCUGAGGCGGUCUGUAGGGCCCCGAAUUGGAAAAGUCUGGGACUCGACGGACUGCAUCACUACUGGCUGAAGGGGUUCAUGGUGUGUCACGCUGUGCUCGCCCGACAGUUUCAAGAGGCUCUCGACCAAAAGUCGCUUCCGAGACUCUUCACUACUGGGAUCACUCAUUUGGUUCCUAAGGACCGGGAUUCCACAGACCCGAGCAAAUACCGCCCCAUAACGUGUCUACCUACCAUAUACAAGACACUAACAUCCAUUUUGAGCGCGAGAAUCAUUCGUCACCUGAACUCAAACCAGGUGAUGUCGCGCGCUCAAAAUGGAUGUCGGGGCGGUGGUCGUGGAACCAAGGACCCACUCCUCAUUGACGCAGUCAUUGGCAAGGUGGUUAAACGCAACCGUCGGAACCUCUCCACCGCCUGGAUAGACUACAAAAAGGCAUUCGACUCGGUGCCUCAUACAUGGCUUAAGAGGGUCCUCGAGCUGUACAACGCUGACUGUACAGUUCGAGACUUCCUCGGGCAGUGUAUGGGGCAAUGGAGUACGAUCCUUUGUCAUCUAGGCGAGCGGAUGACGGCUGCGGAGAACCACAUAAGGAUAAGAAGGGGUAUCUUCCAGGGCGAUUGUUUGAGUCCAACCUGGUUCUGCCUCUCUCUGAACCCUCUCAGUACCUUACUGGAGGGCUCCGGGAGGGGAUUUCAGCUUCGGAGAGGAGGUACAAAAGUGACCCACCUUUUCUAUAUGGAUGAUCUUAAAUUAUUCGCUUCCAGUCGCUCUCAUCUUAUGGAAUUGCUAAACAUCACUUGUGAUUUUAGCAAUUCUAUUAGAAUGGAGCUGGGGACGGAUAAGAGUGCGAUCCUCCAUGUCGAAGGGGGAAGGGUUGCUAACUCUGAGGGCAUAGACUUAUCUAUGCCCAUCAGCAUAAGGACCCUUUCCGAGGCUGAAACAUACCGAUACCUGGGUAUGUCACAGAACAUCGGUGUAGAUGAGGCGGGUAUGAAACGGUCAGUUUGCGAUGUGGACUCAGACCGAACUGAAUGCUCUGGACAGAAAAGUCCGCACUAUAAUGACGACCUACAGGGUGCAUCAUCCGAGAUCGUCAGUAAUGAGGCUGUACUUGCCGCGGAAGCAUGGUGGGCGCGGCUUUUCAAGCGCGCUUAUCAUGCAUAA